AUGCUUGAUGUGAAAGUGUUUGCUCCAGUGUUUCGACCAUAUCAGGAAGAGCCAGAAGAUGGCGAGCCGCAGACAAUCCAUCCGAAUAAGGAGCAGUUAACAAGGAGAUAUGCAAUUAUUCCAGAACAGCAAUCUCAACAACAACAGAGUUCACAAGAAGGUUGCUGCUCUACGGACAAUGUAAUAAUUGUGCCUCAUGUGCAAAUCACCCCAAAUGAAUCACACCUAUUUAACAGGGCUAUCAGCUCAGGUGGAGGUCUCUUGGCAGGUAGGGAGAGUUUUGUCUUGUGUUUUGCCUCUCACAAUGUGCCAAAUUUCCAUCAAAAAGUUCAUCAGGGAAGCCAGAAGUAAAC